UUUGGGCAGCGUUUGUUUGGACGGCUUUAUCUACGGCUUUUUGGUCCGAAAAAACGAAAUUUCAUUUUGGUUUCUCACUCUGCUUCUAGUCUUCUCUUCACAGUAACAAACAGAGUCUUAGAGAGAGAGAGAGAGAGAGAGGUCGGAGCCCAUUUUGCGUCGUCGUUUCGGAGCUUGGGGAAGUGUGAAUUUUAUAAGCUUUUGCGGGAGGGGGAGGGGGAGGAAACGACGCCGUAUUGACACCGCUGGAGUUGAAGAAGAAGAACCCUAAUUUUGUAUUGGGUUUGGAUCACACUGUGAGCUCCCAACUCCUUCUUUUAACUGACGCGGCUCCUUUCGAUGCUUUUAGCCGAUAUUAUUAUGGUAUGUUGCUAUGGGAACUCCGUGGCCAUUUUGGAGUGUGACUUAUGUUUCUGAUUUUUCUAGCGUGUAAAGGCUGCCCUUGAGUGGAAUUGUAGAGAUGCGGCAGUCUGAUACAUCUGCCGUCAUAGCUAUAUUUCACAAAAGCAAUUAGUUGGGAAAAUUUGUUGCCUGGAAAUUUAAUGCCUGGUAACGAAAUUGAAGGCAGGAUCCACAAAUUGUAUGAGCUAGACAACUAUUCCCGUCAAUCUCAAGUUGCGGAUGGUAAUUGGCCUGGCUUUGUUUACAAUCAGUGGCAGGAAAAACAAAGAGAGAUCAGUGAACCUCUAAGUUUCAGUUCGAAGAAUAACAUCCAACUAUUAGAUUCUGUGAGAGGACAUGGCAAUGGAUCUCUGAAUGUGUCAUUCGAUCAAGACUAUACACACUUGACUCAGAGACCUGGAUUGUCCAAUAUUCAACCCAGACACCAACAUCUGAAGACGAAUGACUAUAUGCUUGGACGAGACAUUUUGCAGGCGAGCCACAAUCAAGUUGAGUUUUUUGGUGAGAGCACAGGUUUUGUUCCACAUAAUUUAGCAUCACAGAGCUUAUCUAUCCAUCAAUCAGAGCAAGAAAAUGCAUCAGGUGAUAGUCCCACCCUGACAACCAAUUCAGAAAGGUCUGAAAUCACUGAAGCUUCCACCGAGAUUAACUUUGUUGGAAGGCAACAGCAAUUUGCGAGGGGCCAACAAGGCAUUCUACCACAUCAUUCAAUGCAGCAGUCAGGGUACAAUGAAAUGCAGUUGUUGCAGCAACACCUAAUGUUUAAGCAACUGCAAGAACUUCAGAGGCAGCAGCAACUACAGCAGUUUGGUGAUUCAAGGCAACAGAAUUCAGUAAAUCAGCUCUCUGCAGUCGCUAAGCAGGCUGCUGGGGUUCAGUUUUCACCUCUCAUUAAUGGAACACCUGUUAACGAAACACCCCAAAUGUUAAUGAAUUGGGUGCAGCGAGGUGCAUCUCCUACUGGACAAAAUGUAUCUAAUAGGGUUAGUUUUUCACAAGAGCAAGGUCAGACUUUGCGCUCAAUGGGUCAGGCUCCUCAGCAGUUCGAUGUAUCCUUAUAUGGUACUCCUAUUGCUAGUGGAAGGGGAAACAUGAGUCCGUAUUCCCCCCAUCUCCAGUCUAUGUCUCAAGAUUCUGUAAAUUUGUUGACCAAGCCUAGCAAUCAAGUACAGAAGCCUGCUGCGCAGGCAUCAGCUUUCAGUAACUCCUUUGUAGGUGAUCAUUGUACUACUCCAGAUCAAGUUUUCUUGCCUCAAGGAGCUUUCAUAUCCAAACAAGGCUUUCAGGGGAAAAAUAUGUUUGGACAAGCUACUGUUCCGGGUUUAAAUUGUGGAUCUACCUUGGGGAGCAUCCAGCAAGAGAAUGCCUUGCUAACAAACACAUCUCUGCAGGAACUCAAUGGAAAGCAAGAGCGAGAUAGUUGGCCUGGUAUAUCUCAAAGCAAUACAAUGCAGCAUGGCCCUUCACAGGGGCUGGUUCCUCUAGAUCCAAUGGAAGAGAAGAUUUUGUUUAAUACAGAUGAUAGCCUUUGGGAUCCUUCUUUGGUAAAUUGCAAUGAUAUUGGUGGUGGAGGGUUAGGAAGCUGGAGUGCACUUAUGCAGUCUGCUGUGGCAGAUUCUAGUAGUGAUACCGGUCUACAUGAGGAGUGGAGUGGUUUGAGUUUUCAGAAUACAGAAUUGUCUUCUGGUAAUCAGCCUUCAAACAUCUUGGACAGUGAGAAGCAACAAGGAAGUUGGGCUGAUAACAACCUGCACAGUGCCUCUUCCUUUAGUUCAAAAUCUUUUCACAUGCUUAACGAUUCCAGUGUUAGUUCGAGCUUCCCUGGAUUUCAGCAGCCAGGCAUUCAAUACAAACCAGAGCAUAGAGAAAGUCUCCACCAGGAUGAAUCUCAUGAAUCCAUUCAGAAGUCUCCCAAAAGUAAUAGUGAAUGGUUGGAUCAUAACCCUCGACAUCAGGUUCAACAGACACUCGAGCAUUUGGACAACACAUGGAUCGGUCAAAGAAAUGAGCGCUCCGAGUGUGAUGCACCGCAGCAGAGAAUAGACCCAUACGGUAUUGCUCAACCAAGCAGUAAACCAGAAGGUAAUAUUAAUGAAGCCAUGUACAAGAGGAACUCUGAUGGUGGUCUGUGGAAGAGGGAUGAUGAUACCAGGGUAACUUCAUUUUCAAGAUCAACUGGACAAUUGGAGCAACUCCAAUCUAGCUCAGAGGAUACUCUGAGAAGCAGACAAAAUUCACAUAUGUUUAACUUCCCUUCUGUGACAAAUGCACACAUAACCAAGACCUAUCAGGAAACCAGCGCACAAGUCCAAGAUAACAGUAAGCUUGAUUAUGUGAAGCGUAUGUUAUCUAGCAACAAAGAGGAGGAUGAGGGCAUAGGUGAAAAACAGCGACAAAUGAGUAAUAGCUCCCCUAUUAUUCAGAACUCUUAUGGGAGGGACGGAAAAACAUAUGACCAGCAAAGUUGCUACCAAAAGGACAACACAUAUGACUGUAAGCCAGUUGAUAUAUCUGCUACAGUAGGCAGAUCAGUUGGUCCUAGUGGUGUCCAUUUCACAGCUGGAACAAGUCAAAAUAUGCUGGAACUUCUUAACAAGGUUGACAGGUUGAAUGAGACGUCUGUUGCACAGUUUGAUCCCAGUGGAUUUAAUCCAUUAUCUGAGGUGACUGAUGCAAAACCUCCUGUAGCAUCUGUUGAUCAAAUGUACAAUCAAUCUUCUGCUUCUCAAGGUUUUACUUUGAAAUUGGCUCCCCCGUCUCAACGACAGUCCAAUUCAAACUCUCAGUUCUCCCCUCAGAGUUCGCUACAACCAGCAAGGCAAAUGGAUUCGGAUUUUGGAGAAAAGAAUCAGACCUACUUGGCUACUUCGCCAUCAUCUCAAUCUUUAUCCAGAUCACAUGAAUCAUCACCAAGGGCUCGCUGGGAUGAUAAGUUUAGUAUUGGGGGACAAUCAAGCAUCUCCCAAUCUUAUAUGCAUGGGAACUCUAUUGCAGAAAUUACAUCAAGUCCUACAUUUCGAAGGAAUCAGCUUCAAACACAAGUUUUGUUUAAUCCACAUGCAUCAGGUCCUUCUACACAGGCAACGUUACCUGCUACUGCCACUGGACAUCCACAUUCAAACCUCGCUCAAUCUCAAGAUACUCCUCAGCAAACUUUUGUCAACCCUGAUGGUCAACAAUUCCCUAUUCUGGAAUCUGUGCCAGUAUCUCAUCCUCCUUUUAUGACAGGCAUGCCUCCACAGGGUGGAGUUUCGUUCAGGCCGCAGACUUUAUGGACAAAUAAAGCAAGUCAGCAACAUCUUUCUGGAAUGGAACCUCAAAAGGUUCCCACAGUAGUUCCUUCAAAUGAUAGUAUGGAAACUACUUCAUCAACUUUGAAGGAGCUAAAUAGUCUAAAUUCCCGACAAGGUGGUGGGCAUUUACAAGGCUUCAGUUCUCCAGAAGAGCAGCAUUCGAAAGAGAGGGGGCAGAAACCAAUGUUUUCUGGAAUGCUUGAGGCUUCACAACCAGGGGUAAGGAAUGUCUCUGAUCCAGGUGGCUUGCCUUCGGGUUCAUUGUUGGCUAAUUCGAACUUACAGGAUCCUGAUAGAAUACAUAAUGGUGACAACAAUGGCUUGUCUCCCACGGCAAGAAAUCUCCAAUUCAUUGGCCAUGCUCUAAAUCCGUCGCAUGGUCUUCGUCAAAAUUACUCCCUACUGCACCAGGUGCAGGCAAUGAAGAAUAUGAUGACCGAUCCAAGUAGGAGGGAUCUGGAUGUACGACAGGCAACUGUUAUGGCAGGACAGCAGUCCGUCUAUGAUCAGAAUAAGGAUGGUGAACUGAAUUCUGCAUCACAUCUCAAGUCAUUACCACAUGGAAAUACCAUUGUUCCGAGUUUCUUGUCAGAAGCAAGAGAAGAUCCGAGCAUAAAAGCUUCACCGCAAUCUGCUCCUCAAGCUCAAGUGAUGGUUGCAUUUGGUGAAACUGAUUCUCAGAGUCAAUCUACUGGAAGUAAUGGGACACCUAUUCAUGCUGAAGCUUCUCGGGCUAAUCUAUUUAUGGCAGCCAACUGGUUUAAGCAGUAUGGGAAUUUCAGAAAUGGACAGGUGCCGCUGAUGCAGGAUGCAAGGACUGCUGCAGGGCAGUUCUCACUUUUCAAGCCUUCUCAGAGUCCAAAUAUACAUUCUUCUGUGGACCAAAUAGAUGCUUCUGAUGCUAAUCAAAGCAGCAAGGUCUGGCCAGGUACGGCUGCCAAUUUUGUGCCAAAUGAACCAUUGAUAGCUCCUUGCGGGUUGAAUUCAAAUGCCAGCAACCAAAGUAUGGAUAUCUUGAGACCAAAGAAACGAAAAAUUGCAAUUUGUGACCAACCAUGGCACAAAGUAACACAAGGUUCCAAAGAGGUUCAAGAUUUCAGUAUGGCAGAAGAAGACUGGGCAUUGGCGUCCAAUCGGUUGAUUGAGAAAGUUCCAGAUGAGUUUGGAAUGAUUGAAGAUGUACCGCCAAUCUUUCGAGCCAAGAGAAGACUUAUCUUUACAACACAGUUUAUGCAGCAUUUGCUUGGCCCCGCACCAGCAUCUUUUCUCUCAGCAGAUGCUGCUCUGCACUAUGAUAGUGUGACAUAUUUUGUGGCCAAGUCUUCCGUAGGGGAUGCAUGCAGCCUGACCUGCAGCAAGAAAAACAGUACUCUUAAGCAAAUGAACAACAGUAACAUGAUUCUGGAUCAGCCACAAGUUUCUGAGAGUGAUGAUGACCAGUUCUUUUCAAAGGUUGUGGGAAACUUGACGGAUAGAUCAAAGAAGCUGGAAAAUGAAUUAUUGAGGUUGGACAGGGCAGCAUCAAUUUUAGAUGUAAGACUGGAAUGUCAGGAGUUGGAAAGAUUUUCCGUGAUAAACCGAUUUGCGAAGUUCCAUCUCCCCCGAGCAGAUAUGUCUGGAACCUCAUCUUCAUCAGGCACAUUUACAAAUGCAUCUCGACCAUGUCCCCAACGAUAUGUCACUGGACAGCCAUUGCCAAAGAAUCUACCAGAGGGGGUACAGUGUCUCACACUGUGAUUAUCAAUUGGUCGAUCCCUUCCCCAACUGAAUGCUCGUCUUCUCGUUUGAUCUAUAUCGGCAUUCCCAUAUACCACUUACCGCACCUGUCUAUGAUCAUCUCUCUUUAUACUGACACAUGCUGGCAUUGAAGAAUCAAAAUUCAAGGAUGGAAAGCAGGAAAUCAACCCCAAGUAACUAAAGGCUGCUCGUUCAUUUUUGAACCAACACCUAUUGUUGUCAUUUUUGGAAGUACAUAUUGUUCUGUUGUAUAUUUCAUGAAGUCCCGAGGAAGAAUAGGUAGCACCUGUAGUAGUAGCAGGAGGAUGGUUGGUCUGAAUGUGUCUCUAGUCGCCCAAGUUUAAGUUAGCAUACCUAAUUUAUACAGCAAUCUACGGCAUUGUAGUUUUCUCUUUUGUGUCUUUCGACAGGUAUGUUCUACAUAGAGCUUUGCUGGUGAACUAGGGAACCUUGAACAGCAAGCAAUUAGUUAGGGGCACAUGGAAUAAUAAUAUUAUGAAAGGUAUAGUUGCUUGUAAUUUUAUUAUUAUCCGACAGAUUCUUAUUUCGGAGACUCCACCACAAACAUGGGAGCUCUUUUUAAAGAUUGCCUCUUCUGACUUUUUCCUACCA